UUCAACAAUAAGAAAAAGUUUUGUUUCUAAAUAAAUCAAGAAUUUAAGUGGAUAUAUAUUUUUUGAGAUACACUUGCAUUUAACGAUUAUUUUGCAGAUAGUUAAUAUAAAGUUUAUUUCAAAUAAUAUGAUCAAUGAUAGUUAUUUUAUUAUAAAAUCACCAUCACUUUGACUAAAUUGAUUUACCUUCAAAAUAAUAUAUUUAUUUGGUUAAAGUGGUAUAUCAAAUAGGAAACAAGUUGAACGCUUGCCCGCCAAAGCGCGGAACAAUAACUGUAAAAUUACGAGAUUGCAACCGCUUUCUCUGUUCUUCCCCUCUUUCGAAAACCAGUUAUAACUGCCACACCCUCUUCUCUUCUCUUCCUUUCCUCUCUCUCUCUCUCUCUCUCACACGCGCAGAAAAAUUCAAACUAAUGGCGCAGCGAGUGGACCUGGACGGAAAGCCAGUGGCGGCGAUGUCAAUAUGCAUGAUCGGGGGAGGAGGGUUCAUCGGAUCUCAUCUGUGCGAGAAGCUGAUGGCAGAGACGUCACACAAGGCGGUGGUGGUGGACGUCUCCUCCGAGAAGAUCAACCACCUGUUGAGGGAGUCGAACCCGUGGUCCAGCCGCAUUGAGUUCCACCACAUGAACAUCAAGAACGAUUCGCGCCUCGAAACCCUCAUCAAAGCUUCCGAUCUCACAAUCAACCUUGCCGCAAUUUGCACCCCCGCCGAUUACAACACGCGCCCCUUGGAUACUAUCUUCAGCAAUUUCAUCGAUGCUAUUCCAGUGAUUAAGUAUUGCACUGAGAACAACAAGCGUUUAAUCCAUUUCUCUACCUGCGAGGUCUAUGGCAAAACCAUAGGUAGCUUUCUCCCUGAGGAGUUUCGCAAGGAUCCUAAAUACUAUAUGCUAAAGGAAGACGUCAGUCCUUGUAUAUUUGGUCCAGUAGAGAAGCAGAGAUGGUCUUAUGCCUGUGCAAAGCAAAUGACCGAUAGGCUAAUAUAUGCUGAGCAUGCGGAGAAUGGCCUCAAGUUCACAAUUGUGAGACCCUACAACUGGAUUGGCCCAAGAAUGGACUUCAUUCCUGGUGUGGAUGGACCAUGUGAUGGUGUCCCCAGAGUUUUAGCUUGCUUCAGUAAUAACCUCCUUCGUGGUGAGCCACUCAAACUUGUUGAUGGCGGAAGAUCACAGCGAACCUUUCUCUACAUCAAGGAUGCUAUCGAGGCUGUUCUGUUAAUGAUUGAUAAUCCUGAAAGAGCAAACGGACAGAUAUUCAAUGUGGGAAACCCAGAUAAUGAAGUAUCCGUGAAGGAACUAGCUGAGCUUAUGAUACAGGUUUAUGCAAAGGUGGCCGGUGUACCUUCUUCUAGCCUAUCAACUCUGGAUGUGAGCUCAGAGGAAUUCUAUGGUAAAGGCUAUGACGACAGUGAUAGGCGCAUUCCUGACAUGACAAUCAUCACCAGGCAGCUUGGUUGGAAGCCGAAGACACCUCUUGAUAAGCUCUUGGAUGAUACCCUCCAAUAUCAACACCAGACAUAUUCUAGUGCUAUCAAGAAAGUACUUUCAAAACCGUCUAAUUGACUGCAAGAACCUUUUCUUGAAGAUUCAGUUUUUCUUUUAUGUAAACACAUCACUGCUAUGAGAGGCAAUUUUCUGUCUAGUGUACAUGCUGCAGUAGUUGAGAUAUUAUAUAGACCACAAGAAAGGGUAUAUCUUUAGUCUCAGUUAAUUCUUUCUUUCUAGGGCUAUCGUUGAACUCGAUGUUUUACUGAAAUUUUGCUAAUGUUGAGUAAAAAGAUGUACCAUCUGCAAUUUCCAACAUG